UGACCGUUCUUUUCCAGGCUCGAAGCCGAAACACUGGGCCCCGGCGGAGCAUGGCCGGCAUCUAGCUGAUCUACCCACCCCGGCGAUAUAUAAUUGCCAUAGCUGGCUAGAUGCCAGUGCCACUGCACUGCAGCCUCUCCUUCUCAACUGGCUCGCGGCUUCUUCCCUCCCUCCCUUCCUUCCUUCCUCUACACACGCCUUUUCUCUCUCCCCCCCCCCCCCCCCCCCCCCUCUCUCUCUCUCUCGCUAGCUACCCUCUCUCUAAUUGGGCGGUACUCCAGUAGCCAAGAAGCAGCUAGCUAGCCAGAGGGAGAUCAGCGUCGCUCCUUCCGGCCAUGGCGAGCACCACGCGCAAGGAGGACGGGCCGGACAAGCGCGUGAAGCAGCAGCAGCAGGGGGGCACCAAGCUCUACUCCCGGAUGCUCUCCAAGGAGGCGGCCAUCGCCGUGCCGUCCUUCCGGGUGUACUACGGCGUCGCCUCGGCGGGCUCCGUGCCCUUCCUCUGGGAGUCGCAGCCGGGCACGCCCAAGAGCUCGCCCUCCGCCGCCGCGCUCCCUCCGCUCACGCCGCCGCCCUCCUACUACGCGGCCGGCGGCAAGGGCGGCUCCACGAGGGGCGGCGCCUCGGGGUCCGUGCGGCGCUGGCCCGGCGGCGUCAUCGCCCUCUUCCGGAGGCCGCGGCGCAGGACGUCGCCGUGCUCCUCCUCCUCCUACAUGUCCUGGUCGUCCUCCUCGUCCACCGCGUCUUCCAUGUCGCCGGUGUUCACGGUGCAGUCUUCGCCCGCCGCGCGCGGCGCCCACCGACGAGCGUUCUCGGCCGGCGACAUCUUCGAGGACGCGGCGGCGCCGUCGAGCUGCUUCGGGACGGACAGAGAGUGCGACAGGAGGGUGGUGAAGGGCUGCGGUGUCGCCGUGGCCGUCCGGAACGCGCUGGCCACCGUCGUAGGCCACAAGCCCGGCGGCCGAGCCACCAGCGCGGCGGCGUAGAGAGGAGGGAGUCCUAUAGCUACAGAAAGUAGCAGCGUGUCAUGUUUAAUUUUCUAAAUACUCGGGGUGUGGCUUGCGUUUUGUGCUAGUAUAAAAUGUACUUGACCUGCGUCACGUAGUACGUGUCAUUUCCGAGUCAUGCAUGGCAAGGAAGAAAAGUGUAAACAUAACGAGUAAUAUUAUGUGGUGGUGUAUUUGUA